AGCCUCGCGUAUAUUAAAUCCGCCUCGCCACCCCACUCCACUGCCAACUCGCAGUCUCGAUCUCCUUCCUCCGCUCGCACUGCUCCUCCGGGGCUCUGCUGCUGCUGGCGAGGUCGAGCGCUAGCUAGCAAGAUGGUGGCGUCCCGCAGGUUCAAGCCCAUCGAGGAGUGCUGCUCGGAGGGGCGGUCGGAGCAGACGGUGGCGGCCGACCUGGACGGCACGCUGCUCAUCUCCCGGAGCGCCUUCCCCUAUUACCUCCUCGUGGCGCUGGAGGCCGGCAGCCUCCUCCGCGCCGUGCUGCUGCUCCUCUCCGUGCCCUUCGUCUACGCCACCUACAUCUUCUUCUCCGAGUCGCUGGCCAUCAGCACGCUCGUCUACAUCUCCGUCGCGGGGCUCAAGGUGCGCAGCAUCGAGAUGGUGGCGCGCUCCGUGCUGCCCAGGUUCUACGCCGGCGACGUCCACCCGGAGAGCUGGAGGGUGUUCAGCUCCUUCGGCAAGCGCUACAUCAUCACGGCCAGCCCCCGGAUCAUGGUGGAGCCCUUCGCCAGGGCGUUCCUCGGCGCCGACAAGGUCGUCGGGACGGAGCUGGAGGUCGGCAAGAACGGCAAGGCCACGGGGUUCAUGGUCAAGCCCGGCGUCCUCGUCGGGGACCACAAGAAGCAGGCCGUCGUCAGGGAGCUCGGCGACGCGGUGCCCGACGUCGGCAUGGGGGACAGGGAGACCGACUUCGACUUCAUGUCCAUCUGCAAGGAGGCCUACCUGGUCACGUCGAGGAAGAAGUACAGCCCGGUGCCCCGGAACCAGCUGCUGAGCCCGCUGAUCCUGCACGACGGCCGCCUCGUGCAGCGCCCGACGCCGCUCGUCGCGCUCGUCACCUUCCUGUGGAUGCCCUUCGGCUUCGCGCUCGCGCUCAUGCGCGUCUACAUCAACCUGCCCCUGCCCGAGCGCAUCGUCUACUACACCUACAAGCUCAUGGGCAUCCGGCUCAUCGUCAAGGGCACCCCGCCGCCGCCGCCCAAGAAGGGCCACCCGGGGGUGCUCUUCGUCUGCAACCACCGCACCGUGCUCGACCCCAUCGAGGUCGCCGUCGCGCUCCGCCGCAAGGUCAGCUGCGUCACCUACAGCAUCUCCAAGUUCUCCGAGCUCAUCUCGCCCAUCAAGGCCGUCGCGCUGUCGCGGGAGCGCGACAAGGACGCCGAGAACAUCCGCCGCCUGCUGGAGGAGGGCGACCUCGUCAUCUGCCCCGAGGGCACCACCUGCCGCGAGCCCUUCCUGCUGCGCUUCAGCGCGCUGUUCGCCGAGCUCACCGACCGCAUCGUGCCCGUGGCGAUCAACACCAAGGAGAGCAUGUUCCACGGCUCCACCGUGCGCGGCUUCAAGCUCAUGGACCCCUACUUCUUCUUCAUGAACCCGCGGCCGACGUACGAGGUCACCUUCCUGAACCAGCUGCCCAAGGAGCUCACCUGCAGCGGUGGCAAGUCGCCCAUCGAGGUCGCCAAUUACAUCCAGAAGACGCUCAGCGGCCAGCUCGGCUUCGAGUGCACCACCAUCACCCGCAAGGAGAAGUACGGCAUACUCGCCGGCACCGACGGCCGUGUCCCGUCCAAGAACAAGGAGAAGGAGAAGAACUAGCGGUCAAAUAGAUCAAGACCGGCCGGGCAGCAAGAGAUCACUACUCCGGACUCAGGCAGCCGAUUAUUGCUGCUGUUAUUUGUUCCGAUUAAUUGUUGUUUGUCGAAAAGUUGGUCAAUUACUCAUUGUUUCAAUUGACAAUGUCAUGUGGGCCGUGUAUUAGUACAAGCUUGGAGAUCAUAAUUGUCUAAAAAUUCUUCCCCUUUUUGAAUCGAAGGAUGCAUGGGUAAUUAUAUAUAUACAAGUGGAUUCUUGACAGUUUAAUUA